AUGAUAUUGCAUAGUACUGGGAGAUCAGAAGAUGGUGUGAUGCGUCAUCCCGUUGAUGGAGAGUCUUGGAAAAAAUUUGAUGUAGAUUACCCUGACUUCUCGAGUGAACCUCGCAACGUACGUCUAGGGCUGGCAGCUGAUGGCUUUAAUCCAUUUGGUAACAUGUGCAAUUUGCAUAGUACGUGGCCGGAUGUACUCACCACAUACAAUCUGCCACCAUGGCUUUGUAUGAAAGAGUCAUCAUUCAUGUUGGCCUUGUUGAUUCCCGGCCCUAAAGCGCCUGGAAAGGACAUAGAUGUUUUCCUUAGGCCGUUAGUGGAAGUGCUUAAGUUUUUGUGGCAAUUAGACGUACGUAUUAAAGACGCAGCGACAAACACAUUCUUCACGAUGAAAACUAUGUUGUUAUGGACAAUAAACGAGUUUCCAGCUCGUAGUAGUUUAUCGGGUUGGAGCGGACAAGGGUAUAGGGCAUGCCCGACUUGCAAUGAAGACACUCUCUCGUACCGUGCAACAAAUAAAGUCGUUUAUAUCAUACAUCAUCUGUUCUUAGAUGUUGAUGAUCCAUUAAGGAUGAGUUUGAAAUUUAAUGGGCAACCCAAGACAAGACCCGCUCCGAGACACUUUACUAAUAAAGACAUACAAGAGCAACUAGGUCGUCUAAUACUUCGUAAACCGGGUAAACAUCCUAACACUCUCAAGCUGAAGCACAACAUAGAUUUGAUGUCUGUCGAGAAAAAUGUGGGUGAUAGUCUUUUGGGUACUUCUAUGAUGAAUGAUAAGAGUAAAGACACAUCAAAUGCACAUGAGGACUUGAGAAAUCUGAAUAUCCGGCGUAACAAGUUCACUAGACCACAUGCAAGGUACUCAUUCAAGAAACUUGACCGCAAAAUCUUUAGUCAUUUUAUAAGAGAUGUUAAAUUGCCUGAUGGGUUUGGAUCUUACAUCAGUAAGAAAGUGGUAGAUAAUGAUACUAACAUUAUUGGGUUGAAAUCUCAUGACUAUCACAUUCUUAUGCAACAUUUGAUACUGAUUGGAGUUAGAGUGUUAUUGGACAAAGAAACUUCUACACCAAUUGUAGAUCUUUGUACGUUUUUCAAGCAAAUUUGCUCCAGAACACUAAAGGUGGGGGAUAUGAGGAAAGAAAAAGAAGACAUUAGUAGAAUAUUGUGCAAGUUAGAGUUGAUUUAUCCUUCAACGUUUUUCGACAUUAUGAUUCAUUUAGGUUUGCAUUUACCUGAUGAAGCGAUUGUCGGAGGCCCAGUAUGUAUGAGAUGGAUGUAUCCGUUCGAAAAGUAUAUGAAAAAACUAAAAAACUAUGUCAGAAAUAAGGCGAGGCCGGAAGGUUGUAUAGCUGAAGGUUAUGUUGCUGAAGAAGCAUUGUCAUUUUGUUCGAUGUACCUUCGAGAUGUCAAUCGCCUUAAAAGAAACGAAGAUGUUGUCAUUGAAAAAACAAAGUUUUGGAUGUUUGAGUCCAAGUGUCGACCGACGAGCGCAACGCAAAUCAAACAUAUUGAUAUAAGGGAGAAACGUAAUAUAGAAUGGUUUAUACUGAAUAGUUGUCAAGAAGUCAGACAAUACAUCGAGUAA